CAGCAGAUUUAUGCGGUGUGGGGGAGGGAGGGGUAGGAGGAGGAGGAGGAGGCGCGCAGCCCUUUUGUUACCUGUGCUGAGACUUACCUGGGCUGCUGGAAGUGCUGCUCUGCAGUCUGAGAUGACUUCCAGAAACAGGCGCACGCGCUUCGAGGAAGACAGCUCCGCGUCAGGAAGCUCCGCGCGUCUCUCUGCGGCAGACAGAGUCCACCUUCAGGGCGCAGCGCAAAGAGGAAGACAAGAGCAAAACAACCAAAGACGGAAGAAAGAGUUGAAGAGAAUUUAGUGUGAAAGUCAGGACGAACAGGAGGAACUCCGUCACCUCUCAGGUCCUCUCCUUCAGCUUUCAACCUGGACUUUUUAUGAUUUUAAUUAUUCUACCCACUGAGUCAGCUCUCAUCAGCACCUCUCACCUGUCCUCCUGAAGCAUGGAUUUUCCACUGAAGGCUUCCAACGAGCUCCAGCUUGAUGUCACGGAACAUAGACGGUGCAUCUGGGGGGGUUAGAGGAGCGUGGGAAUAAAGAAAACAGAGAAAGAAAGAAAAAAACCCAAUGUGAAGGGAAAAGCUGCUUUGUGUAACAGUGCAUGGCCUCUGGACAAAGUGCUAACGAUCAUGCACAAACCCCUCCGAAAGCGGAGUCUCUAUGUGUUCCUGUGUUUUGGCAUCAUCUACCUCAGGCUUGGGGCUCUGUCCUCGGUGGUGGCUCUGGGUGCCAACAUCAUCUGCAACAAGAUUCCUGGGCUGGCUCCUCGCCAGCGGGCCAUCUGCCAGAGCCGCCCGGACGCCAUCAUCGUUGUGGGCGAAGGCGCCCAGAUGGGCAUCAAUGAGUGUCAGUACCAGUUCCGAUAUGGACGGUGGAACUGCUCAGCACUGGGAGAAAGGACAGUCUUCGGUCAGGAGCUGCGAGUAGGCAGUCGGGAAGCAGCUUUCACCUACGCUAUAACGGCGGCGGGGGUGGCCCAUGCCAUCACGGCGGCGUGCAGCCAGGGCAACCUGAGCCAGUGCGGCUGCGACCGUGAGAAGCAGGGUUAUUACAAUCAGGAGCAAGGCUGGAAGUGGGGAGGCUGCUCGGCUGACAUCAAGUACGGCAUCGAGUUCUCGCGCCGCUUUGUGGACGCUCGCGAGAUUAAAAAGACGCCACGUCGCCUGAUGAACCUGCACAACAAUGAGGCAGGAAGAAAGGUUUUAGAAGAAAGGAUGAAGCUGGAGUGCAAGUGUCACGGAGUCUCUGGCUCCUGCACCACCAAAACCUGCUGGACAACACUUCCGAAGUUCCGCGAGAUCGGCUACGUACUCAAGGAAAAGUAUAAUGAAGCUGUGCACGUGGAGGUCGUCCGGGCUAGCCGCCUGCGCCAGCCCACCCACCUCAAGGUGAAACAGACUCUGGGCUACAGGAAGCCCAUGGAGACGGACCUCGUUUACAUUGAGAGGUCGCCCAACUACUGUGAGGAGGACGCGGCCACGGGGAGCGUGGGCACCCAGGGACGCUUGUGCAACCGCACGUCGCCGCACACGGACGGCUGCGACCUCAUGUGCUGCGGUCGAGGCUACAACACGCACCAGUACACCAAAGUGUGGCAGUGCAACUGUAAAUUCCAAUGGUGCUGCUUCGUCAAAUGCAACACGUGCAGCGAGAGGACGGAGGUGUUUACCUGCAAAUAAGGCUGCAGGAAACUCUUUUCAGCAGGAGGAGCUGGAUGAGAAAGAACCAGACAGAGUGGGAUGUCCAAGCGUUUUCAACCCGUUGGAGGUUUAAACAUGAAACAAAUGGAAUUUACACUAACAGCUCUUCAUGGCAUCGUUUUGCACAGCAGAUAUCUAAUUGCUUUCCAGAAAGUAAUUGCUAAUUCUCAGUAGGUAAUAGCCCAGAACUUUACCGUCACAUUGUGAUCAUGUACUAAUGCAUCCACGGUGAAGUUUGGAGUACCCAUAAAAAACAGUGGAAAAUGUGCUUUGCACUCUGGGAUCUGCAUGUAGAGGAACUCAGAGGAACAUGCAGACUGGGAGGGAACGGACAUCAGCUGAUGUGAGGUGAUGGGGAACGAUUCGUCAAAUCUUUGCUAAAAGGGACAUUUACAGUUUUUGUUGUAUUUUUGCUAAACAGGAGUUUAUGAAUGAAUCUUGACAAGUAGCCUCUGCACCGGCUGAGGUCGCUGUUAAAGGUGUAGAAAGGAAGAAGCACGGUGCAUUGUGUUGCACCUAUAAAGUUUAAGUGGAGAACUCUGUUAAACCCUCUGCUGCCAACUGGAAUACGGUGGAGAAUGUUUAGUUUUCCAGUAACACUGGAACUGUCUGUUCUGAACACUGAAAAUAAAUUGUCUAUUUAUGUUAUAGUAUCUUAAAACGCACUAACGGGUAGAAAUUUCUUUUCCUUUUUUUGUACUAAAUGUAAAGUAAGAAAAUUAUUUUUAGAGACUGACUAAAGUUGUGUGUUCAUUAGAAGAUAACUCAACAAUUCCCAAAAACUUCAACUUUUCCUCAACUAGAGGAAAGUAAAAUAAAAAAAAGCUUUUAUUGCUGCUGAUUUGCUAACAACAAAAUACAUCAUUAGACUGUGUUUCACAUUUAAACAUCUCAUCAUUCUGGGUUGUUAUAGUUUGUUUGCAGUCCUUUUUCCCCCACAAACUUUUUCUUGCACAGAUCCCUCGUCAAGUGAUUAAAUAUGAGUUCAUAAGUUUAA